GCGAGAGAGAGGAGGGUAAUACGCCUGGAAAAAUGACUUCGCCUAAUGAGCGUCAGCCUCUGCUCGAGGGCAAUGGAGCCUCUUCGACUGCACCGAGACGUCCGGGACCAAGAGACAUCAGUAGGUCGCACCGGUAUGGUAUACUUGCAGGUGUAUGGGCAGCAACACUUCUAUCUUCAUUGAACGGUACAUUGGUGCCUACGAUGCUACCCUCCAUUUCGUCGGAAUUCAAGAAGUCCAACCAAGCCAGUUGGCUGGGAACCUCAUACCUGCUUGCAACAUGUACAUUCACGCCGCUGUACGGACGACUGUGUAACGCCCUAGGACGCCGUGGAGCAAACCAGACAGCCGUCCUAGCAUGCGCUAUAGGCACGCUUGCCUGCGGGCUGUCUACGAAUAUGGAGACGCUAAUUGUUGCACGAUUUCUCGCUGGUAUAGGCGGUGGAGGGAUCUUCACGACGUCGACCAUCGUCAUCAGCGACAUGUAUAGUUUACGAUCAAGAGGACUGGCUCAAGGAUUUGCGAGUGUCUUCAACGGCUUCGGGAUGGGUAUUGGCGGCCCCUUAGGCGGCUUCAUCACCGACUGGCUCGGCUGGCGAUGGGCUUUCCUAUUGCAGCUCCCUAUAUUUGUAGUAUCGCUGGUCUUGACGUCGAUAAACCUCACGUACGAAACGCCGUACCGGAACACUAAAAGCACGAAGGACGUCUUGAAGAGGAUCGACUAUCUCGGUAGUCUAACCCUUUUGAUAUCGGUCGGCUCGUGCCUCAUCUUCCUGAGCACGCGUUACAACAGCAUCCUGCCGUGGUCGGAUGCCUCCGUUAUCGUCCCCUGUGUAUUCGCUGUCGUGUUCUUCAUUCUUUUCAUCCUCGUCGAGCUCUACGUCGCGAAGGAACCCGUCCUUGCACCCUUCCUGCUGAAGAAGAAGGUCCCCGUCUUGACGGGCAUAUCGAACUUUUUGGUCGCGAACUGUAACUUCUCCAUCAUGUACUUUUUUCCGAUGUGGUUCCAAACCGUCAUGCUCACAAGCGCGUCCACUGCCGGCCUACACUUACUACCGAACAGCGUGUCAAUGAGCACUGGCUCCGUCUUCGCCGGCUGGGUCAUGCACAGGACGGGCAGGUAUAAGACGCUCAACGCCAUUUUCGGGAUAUUCCCCUUUGUGGCCACCAUCUUCAUCUCGCUGAUGCAUGAGGGGAUGGGCCCUGUUCAAUCGUGGCUCAGCAUCAUUCCUCUGGGCUUUGGAAACGCUGUCGUAUUGCAGACGAUGUUGAUCGCGCUCUUGGCUCAUCUCGAUGAGGCGCAUAUGGCUGUGGGAACAGGAUUUGGCCAGCUAUUUCGAGGAAUCGGUCAAGUCGGCGGUGUCGCCAUCUCGUCAGCUCUGUUCCAGACCAGACUCGACGGCGAACUUCGGCGCCGCAUCGUCGACGAUGACGAGCUCGUUCUCCGCAUACGUCAGUCGGCUAGGCUCAUCCACAGCCUCCCACCCGACAUUCAGAGGAAGGCCCGCGAUGCGUAUGACGCGAGUCUCAAGAGCGUCUUCGUAUACGCGGCGGUUAUGACCUUCUUGGCCUAUGUCAUUCGCCUCCCGAUCCCGGAUAAGAAACUCGAGCGUCAUUCGCCCAAGCCAGUCGAUACUCCUGUGGCGAGUGGCGCGUCGUCGGUGUCUGCAGUGCCUUCGGAGCCAGUGGCGGCUCCACAGGCAAUCGACAUUGAGGAUUACGAUGAGGAGCAAGAUCAGGUAACGGAUGUCGAGCACGCAACGCCGAGGAGGGGAAAGCGCUUCAGGCGGCUCUCCUCCUUGUCCACGUACACUUCUACUUACGGGAGCCUGGACCUCGAGGAUGAUAGAAUUGGAGGGUCUGCCAGAAGUCUUUGAACUCUCAUUCGUGCGUACACAGUGUUGUUGUAGAGCGUAGGCGAUGCUAGCCCGUCUGCAUUUCGACUGACUCCAUUUGUGGCG